UUUCCUCACUGUGUGGAAUUCCAGGUGGAUUCAUGUUAAAGAGGACGUUUCUGAUACAGUUCACUGCAAAGAUAGAGUUGUCUGAUGUUCUGUUGUGAUUGCAGUGUUCUCCUUUUUUUGUCGUCAACAAUCCGAGUUGUUUCAGCUGCACUUGGCUGAGCUCCAAGGCAAGCAAAUGGUCCGUCCUCUCCAACAUCCUGCAAGUGACUUUGAAAAGAACAUCAGAGAAACGUUAGCCAAGAGACUUUUCUCAGGAAAACCUGUACCAGCACCUCUGCCGAGAGUAUAGAGGACAUGGCGGGACUGAGUGACAAAAUGUUCCGCUGCCGUUGGGUUCGUCACAAGGUUCCCCUGGCCUACAGAGAAGAACUGUACCAAAUCCUGAGGAUGACAGGGCCUCUGCUGCUCUCUCGAAUCCUCAAUUAUCUCCUUCCCUUCGUGGUUACCAUGUUCUGCGGCCGUCUGGGCAACGAGGUGAUGGCGGGCUACGGAUUAGCGUCUGCUACCAUCAAUGUCACCACAGCAGCAACAGGAUUUGGUCUGGGCCUUGCUUGUGAUACGCUGGUGUCUCAGACCUUUGGCGGCAAGAACCUGCUGCGUGUGGGUGUGAUCCUUCAGCGAGGCGUCAUCAUCCUGUUGUUGUUCUGUCUGCCCUGCUGGGGUCUGCUCCUCAAUGCUCAGGCCAUCCUGCUCCUCCUCGGCCAGGACCCUGAAGUGACCCGGAUAGCACAUCUGUACAUCGUAGCCUCCCUUCCAGCUGUGCCAGCAAUGUUUCUGCAUAAUCUGCAAGUGUCUUACCUGCAGAAUCAGGGUAUAAUACUACCACAAAUGUACACUGCAGCCUUGGCAAAUGUAGCCAAUGUGAUGAUGAACUACAUAUUCUUAUACUGGCUGGAUCUCGGGGUGAGUGGAUCCGCGGCCGCGAACGCUCUCUCCCAGAUUUCCAUCUGUGCUUUCCUGUUUGCUUACAUUCGGUGGAAGAGGCUGCAUGAUGCCACAUGGGGAGGUUGGUCUUUGGAAUCGCUGCAGGAGUGGGGCGCUUACAUGAAGCUGGCGAUUCCCAGUAUGCUCAUGAAAUGCUUUGAGUGGUGGGUCUAUGAGUUUGGAGGAUUCUUUGCAGGGAUGAUGAGUGAAGACGAGCUGGCUGCCCAACAUGUUGUAAUGAUGGUGACCUUAAUAGCAUACAUGUUCCCUUUCGGCAUCCAGGCUGCAGCGUGUGCUCGGGUGGGUAACGCUCUGGGGGCAGGAGACACCCGCAGAGCCAUCGUCACCUGCAAGGUGUCCCUCACCCUUGCAGGUGCAUUCGCAGUGGUUGAAGGUGCCGUGCUUGCCUCCACUAAAACUGUGAUUGGCGUCAUCUUCACCUCUGAUCAGAAGAUCAUCAGUCUGGUCGCUCACUUGAUGAACGCUUACUGCUUCCUUCAGUUCUUUGAUGGUCUUGUGUGUGUGUGCACAGGCAUCUUCUUGGGGACUGGAAAGCAGAAUAUACCAGCUGUGGCUAACUUCAUCGGGUACUACUGCAUCGGCCUAACGCUCAGUGUUACGCUCAUGUUUGUCGCAAAGCUGAGAGUUCUAGGUUUCUGGCUGGGGAUCUUAAUUUGUGUCAUCUUGCAGUCCACAUUUUAUAUUAUUGUCAUAUUCAAGCUGGACUGGGAGAGGAUGACCGAGGAGGCUGUAAAGCGAGCCCAGAGGAACACCCAGGUUGAUGGAGUAAGUCCAGCUACACAGGACCGGUACCAGCCUGUCCUGUCUGAGGGCAACACGGUCACACAUCAUGCGAACGCUGCCCACCUCUCGUUUAGCCAGCUGGUCUUCAGGCGAGGCCUCACUCUGUUUGCUGCUCUCGCUCUCCUGGCUGUGGGCGCAUGUUUGCACUACUCGAUUCCUUUGCCAGAGACGAUGCGCCCUCAAAGUAAUAUGAGUACAACACACUGGAGUAAUGACACUUACACUUCUGAUUACACAAACUGAGAGGUGAUCCUAUUUAUUUUUACUGUGUUUGUCCCACUAGAUCCAGCACUUUUUCUUCCCUGAUAUGUACACUACCGGUCAAACGUUUUAUAUAACACUCCAAUUUCUCUGGAGCAAAAAACAUUGUUCAUUCCUUUUUUCUUGCCAUUUUUGUAGCAAAAAAAUUCCUUUCUCCAGUACAGUGCUGUUCAACUGAUGUUCACGAGGGCAUAGUACCGCAGUGUGUUCUGGACACAGUUUUUAUGCAGACAGAGGAGGUGGUAUAAAUAUCCCAGAACUUGGAACACCUGUAAGAAUUAGUUGCACCAACUGCCAAGGCUUGAUCAACCUCCGUUUAUAAUUGUUGGUCCCGGAAACGGGCCUUUUUGUAUAAUUCUGAAAUACACAUUUUUCAGUUUUGAGUAACCUUUCCUCUUUUUUUUUUACCCUCUGGCACUUCACGACUUAACCUUUGUACCAUUUCAAGCUAUUCAUUGGACUUGAACAACAUGCAUUUAAAAAACUGCAAAAAUUGGGUUGUUCUGAAACCUUUGACCGGUAGUGUAUUUCAUAUUCAAUACAGAGUAGUGAUUGACUUACAACAUGAAUGUCUCAAUCCUUAUAGUGCUACUUUUGUGUGUGUUAGUCUGUCUAAACGUUCUUCCUAGCGUAUUUCUCUGUUUCGGCCAGCGAGGUACACGUUCUCAUCUAAUUGUCCCUCACAAAUUCUAAACAGAAACAAGUGGCUGAGGACCCAUUUGACAUAAACACUGUUAGCUGGCAUCUGCUACCUACCAUAGGUUUGGCAUAAACAAUGCAUUACCCUCAGUGUGUGCGAUACUAAAUUCAAUUGAAUUACUGUAAAUUCUGAACUAUUGAGUGCACCUGACUAUAAACCGCACCCACACAAUUUAAAGAGAAAAAAAUAUAUAUCGGCCGCUGCAUAAGACUUCAAAAUGUGAUAUUAGCGUCCACUUCACUAAUUCCUGAAUCUGCACUCUAAGCAGAACGGGAACUGAUGGUCUUUUUAGGCAAAAAUGACCGGUAGCCACAUCAUUGUUUGAAGCCGCAGGGUUCAAAGUGUGUGAAAAAAGUGGCUUAUAGUCUGGAAUUGAUGGCAUUUAAAACAAUUACGAUGCCGAAAAUGAAUCGUGCUGUCAAGAGAUGUUUCUUUGCCCCGUCGUAAACCAUUUAUUUUUUUCUUUUUCUAUUUCAUCGACUCACAUGCAAAAUCCUUUCCCGUCUUCUCUUCCGUCUUUGGCUGCCUGCGAUAGAAACCCUUGCAUCACAUCAACAACGUUGAAAUGAAUGUGGUAGCCUUUAGUAGGUCACGUGACCGAGUUUGUCAUCAGUAAGUUUAAGAUGAUCCCAGCAGCCAGAAUACCGAGCAUGAGGGUCAGAACCAGACACCUGCGCAGCACCAAAUUAUUUCCGGAGAGCUCCUGUCCCACAGGGCUUGCCAGUGCUGGGUCCUCCAAACCGACCGAAAUAGUAGCGUCUCCUUGUUCCUGGCAGCUUUGGGUGUCAUCUUUUGGGGAAGGAAUACGUGUCAGCAAUGUCUUAUUCACACACGUUAUACUCAAAAAUACAUUGUUGUAUUUCAGGAAAAGAAAGAAAAGGUUGCUGUACUAAUAACUUAAAUUCAAAUCAAGACUUAGAAUACGAGGCUUUUGUGAUCGGCGUUGAAAGGCAUUUAAAGGCAUGUGCCGAUCAUGUGAUUUUUUUUCACAUUGGUGGCCGAUCGAUGGGAGCAUCCCUACUAAUUACUAACUUAAUCCACAUUAUCCCGUUUAGGGACAGUCAGUAAUGCGUAAUAAACCGUCAAUGCAGCUGAGAAAGCGUUUAUUUGUAUCGUCAACAUUAUUUUGAUAUCCCAUUGCAUGUUGUAUUUUGUUCCAAACUGACAAAAAAAUAAAUAAAAAUGACUUUUUCUUUUUGUAUUCACAAUUUUUUCUCAAGUUUCUGUCAUGUUAAGGUUGACUUUUGUGGGUUCUAUUCAAAAAACGGCGUUCUAUGGGCAUACUGUACUUUCCCUGUACCUCUAAUGAUUCUGAUGACUCAAAAAUUCCACGUCAGAAGGUAAUUUUAGUACAUUUUUGUGUGUCUUUUGAGCUGUAUAAACUGUUUUAAACAUACAGUGAGCUAUGACAUCGCUAUUGUGACUGAUAAUGCCCUUAAUGUGGAAGUGGCCGUGCGUGAGGGAGGAUUGGAACGGCACAUUAAGUGCUUUGCGCGCACUAUAAACCUUGCAAUCCGAGCUGCACUCGGUGUUCACAGUGUCAUUUGUUUGCUUGUGACAUGUGGCUGCUUUUUUUCAUUGGGGUUCAACAAUUACCGCGGUGUUAAUGUCCAAGCAGAAGCAGCUACAGCUGUCAUUUUGUGUAUUUAACAGCUGUUUGUGUUUGUGUACCAUGAUUAAUAACGUCACUGAUAAGGCACACCUCCCCUGCUCUCGCCCCCGCCACACACACACACAAGUGUAAUGUGUCUGCAUAGCCCUCAGAAAUUAGAUAGCUGCUCUCCUACAAAGUUAUACAACAUUUCAAAGUGCACCUGCAUCGUCUUGUGAUAAAAAAGUCUGUCUGCCCAGCCGUCUAUUUUUUUUCAUUGAACUUUUCUUAAAAGUAAUGUUCAAAUCUUGUCUUGCCUCGAUCUUGUAGACUCAAUACUGUGUAU